CAGCCGCCUGGAGACCUCCGUCGCCCCCGCUGCAGUCCCAGAAGUCAGGGAGGGUUUGCUGCGCGGCGGGACGGGCGUGAAGAGGGAGGGACAGGAACUUGCUACUUGGGGCUUGAGCCCGCUCCCCGUGCGCCCGUGCCUCGCCCGGCUCUCCAGCGACGAUGGUGGGCCUGACAACCUCCGACGUGCACCCGACCAUGGGGGUGAAGAUCUUCUCGGCGGGGGUGGGCGCCUGCUUGGCGGAUGUCAUCACCUUCCCGCUGGACACCGCCAAAGUCCGGCUACAGGUCCAAGGCGAAUGCCAGACCUCCAGUGCCAUCAGGUAUAAAGGCGUCUUGGGAACGAUCACCACUCUGGCAAAGACCGAAGGGCCAAUGAAACUGUACAGCGGGCUGCCCGCGGGCCUCCAGAGACAGGUCAGCUUCGCCUCGCUGAGGAUUGGCCUCUACGACACGGUGCAGGAGUUCUUCGCCGCAGGGAAAGAAACAACAAGCCUGGGAAGCAAGAUCUCAGCUGGCUUGACAACUGGAGGAGUGGCAGUGUUCAUUGGGCAGCCCACCGAGGUCGUGAAAGUCAGACUGCAAGCCCAGAGCCAUCUACAUGGCCUCAAACCUCGCUACACUGGGACUUACAAUGCUUACAGAAUCAUAGCAACAACGGAAGGCUUGACGGGUCUUUGGAAAGGGACUACUCCCAAUCUGAUGAGAAAUGUCAUCAUUAAUUGUACAGAGCUGGUAACAUAUGACCUCAUGAAGGAUGCCCUUGUGAAAAACAAACUACUAGCAGAUGACGUCCCUUGCCACUUGGUGUCAGCUCUUAUUGCUGGGUUUUGCACAACACUUCUCUCCUCCCCAGUGGAUGUGGUGAAAACCAGAUUUGUUAAUUCUCCACCAGGACAGUACAAAAGUGUGCCCAGUUGUGCAAUGACAAUGUUCACUAAGGAAGGACCAACAGCUUUUUUCAAAGGAUUUGUACCUUCCUUCUUGCGACUCGCAUCCUGGAAUGUCAUUAUGUUUGUGUGCUUUGAACAACUGAAACGGGAACUGAUGAAGUCAAGGCAGACGGUGGACUGUGCUACAUAAUCAACUUCAAGGAAAAGAUGUAAUAUACCAGUGGGCAUCUUUGCUGGCUGGAUCAAACAAUUAAAAAAAUAAAAAACCAAAAUCCUAUUCACUUUAUUUCAACCUAGAAAGACAAAGGAAUUCUUUAGGGAGUUUUGGACUUUUUUAUAUUAAAAAAAGAGGAAAACUAAUAUGUGUUUCAUAUAACUUUUGUUCUCAGUGUCUUAAGCAAAACAUUCAGUAUAUAUCCUGGCAAAAAAUGUAAUGCCCAGAUAAGUUACUGCAUUUGACUGGCCGUUUUGGGAGUGGAAUUGUAUGAUUGAGUAUGAAGAACUUUAACAUGUUUGAAUUAUAAUUCCAACUGGUGGAAAAGAAAAACUGUGUGGAAUGCAGUUUAUAUUUAUAAAUACCUAAAAUAUGAA